AUGGCCAGCCUGGAGGACUUGAUACCUACGGUAAACAAGCUUCAAGAUGUUAUGUACUCAUCUGGGAUCGAUUCCCUGGAUCUACCAGUUCUAGCGGUGGUUGGAUCGCAGUCAUCGGGGAAAUCUUCAAUCUUGGAGACUUUGGUAGGAAGGGAUUUUUUGCCACGAGGCACUGGUAUUGUGACAAGAAGACCUCUUGUGUUACAGUUGAAUACUAUUGCACCACCAAGGUCCACCAACGAUGAAGAAGACUCCGAUAAUGAUGAUGUUGAUGGUCCACAUUCGGAGUGGGGCGAGUUUUUGCAUAAACCGGGCGAGAAAUUUUACGAUUUCGACGAGAUCCGGAGGGAGAUCGAGAACGAAACAUUCAGAAUUGCAGGUAAGAACAAGGGGAUCUCAAAGAUCCCGAUCAACUUAAAAAUCUUCUCCCCGCACGUACUCAAUUUGACUCUGGUGGAUCUCCCCGGUAUCACUAAAGUUCCCAUUGGGGAACAACCACACGAUAUUGAAAGACAGAUCAAAAAUCUGAUUCUGGAUUACGUCGCCACUCCGAACUGUUUGAUUCUUGCUGUUUCGCCGGCUAACGUCGAUUUGGUCAAUUCUGAAUCGUUAAAACUGGCUAAGGAAGUUGAUCCUCAAGGGAAAAGAACCAUUGGGGUCAUUACAAAGCUGGACUUAAUGGAUUCGGGUACCAACGCACUGGAUAUACUUCAGGGAAAGGUGUACCCCCUUGAAUUGGGCUUUGUGGGCGUGGUUAACCGUUCUCAGCAAGAUAUCCAGUUGAAUGUCUCGGUAAAUGAUGCACUAGACAAUGAAGAGCACUACUUUGUGAGACACCCUGCAUAUCGUGCCAUUGCCAAUAAAUGUGGGACCAGGUACUUGGCAAAACUUUUGAACAAAACUCUAAUGGCACACAUUAGAGACAAACUGCCCGAUAUCAAAACAAAGUUAAACAACCUCAUCACGAGAACGGAAAAGGAGCUACAAAAAUACGGAGAUAUUGGGACUAUAACCUCACAGGCAAGCAAAGCAGGACUGAUCUUACAACUGAUAAACAUAUUUGCGAAAAACUUUACGGCCUCCAUUGAUGGUAAUUCGUUGAACAUCAACACAAAGGAAUUAUGCGGUGGUGCAAGAAUCUACUACAUAUAUAAUAGCAUCUUUGGGAAAACUUUGGAAGCGAUUGAUCCGACCUCAAACCUGACUACAUCUGACAUAAAAACAGCUAUUCGAAACUCGACAGGCCCAAGAGCAACACUUUUUGUUCCAGAGUUGGCGUUUGAUUUACUCGUUAAGCCACAGAUUACAAUGCUGUUAGAACCUUCCCAACACUGCGUCGAACUAGUCUUUGAAGAACUUAUGAAAAUAUGCCAUAACUCUUCAAAUGCAGAACUAGCCCGGUACCCUAAUUUGAAAAAAACCUUGGUGGACGUGGUGAGCAACUUAUUGCGCGAGAGAUUAACACCAACUCAUAACUACGUCGAGUCAUUAAUUGAUAUCCACAAAGCGUACAUUAACACGAACCAUCCGAAGUUUUUAAGCGCCACAGAAGUCAUGACCGAUAUUCUGAAUGAAAGAGAGUCCAAGAAAAAGAUGUUCCAUAUUCAAAGUCAGAGAAAACUAUCUCCCAUAGGGGACGAUCAACCCCCUCAACAAGCAAAUACUAUUGAUACACUGACAACUGAAGAAGUUAACAGUACAUCUUCAAAUUCGAUUAGAGGUGACAAUCUCGAUCGUGAGAAUAAAGACGAGCUAAUUUCCAAUUUCAGCAACACAAAUAAUAACUAUGCACAUAAAAUGGGGAACGCGGGCAACACAGAUAAAGACACAUUCUUGAAUUACUUUUUCGGUAAAGAUAAAGAAGCUGGUAAGGCUGGUAGGGAAAACGACCGUUCGAACAACGCUAACGGUAAGGCGAACUCUUACGCAGAGAUUCAAAACGGCUCAAUUUUCAGUAAUCUACGGCUAAAUGAAUACCCAGAACACGAUGUCAGCACAUUUACAGAAGGUGAAUCGACAUUGACCGAAAGAGAGCAGUUAGAAUGUGAAUUGAUUAGAAGGUUGAUUAUUUCAUAUUUUGAUAUUGUGAGAGAGAUGAUUGAAGACCAAAUUCCAAAGGCGAUAAUGUGUUUAUUGGUAAACCACUGUAAAGAAAGCAUCCAUAACAGACUGGUGGCCGAGUUGUACAAAGAGGCCAUGCUGGAUGAGCUCUUGCAAGAGGAUGAGACAUUGGCUCAAGAGAGAGCCAACUGCGAGCAACUACUCGAAACGUAUAAAAAGGCUUCUAUGCUUGUAAAUAACACUCUAUAA